GUGACUUGUGCCACUUCUGUGACAUGUGCGUUUUCAAGAAGGUUAUUGUAUACAAUACACGGUCGCGAUCCUUGAUUGACUAGAAUAAUAUUAUUUACGAAAUAAACAGUCCAUCCGCAACAUGAAGUUUGCGUACAAGUUCUCCAAUCUGCUGGGAACGAUUUACAAGAAAGGCAAUGUUAUCUUCACACCGGACGGAAACACGGUUGUCAGUCCUGUGGGCAACAAAAUCACCAUUUAUGACUUAAAAACCAACAAAGCAACGACACUGGCAUUGGAAAGUAAAUUCAACUACACAUCCAUCGAUAUCUCGCCGAACGGAUGUCUGUUGGUGGCGGUCAACGAGAAGGGAGCUGCCCAGAUGAUCAGUCUCGUGUCGAAUACAGUCGUUCACACGUACAAAUUUAGCAGUGCCGCGCGAUGUGUGAAAUUCAGUCCGGAUGGAGCAUUCUUCGCCAUAGCCAAAGAGAACAUGGUGUUCGUUUUUCAGACACCCGGUGAGAUAACGGGCGAAUAUAACAGCUUUGUGCUGCGCCGGUAUUUCUUUGGUGCUCAUGACGAUGUUAUGUGGAUUGAUUGGUCGUGCAAUUCCAAAGUGCUAAUCGUCGGAUCCAGGGACAAUUCCAUCAAGGUCUAUUCGAUUGAAUUGUACGAGAACUUUCGACCGUAUCUGCUUGGUGGACAUACCGACUCAAUUGUUGGCUGCUUCUUCGAGGCGAACAGUUUGGAUGUGAACACGGUCAGCCGGAAUGGACAGCUGUGCAUCUGGGAGUGUAGCGUAAAGGUGGAGGAACUGAUUGUCAGAGGAGACAAUGUAGAGCCGGAGGAAACUAGCAGUAAAAAGGGUAAAAUUAAGGAAGACGACGAUGACGAUGACAUUGAUACCGAAAAGACACUGGAGAAGACGCACAAAGAAUUGGAGAAGAGCCUGAAGAAUGCUCAGUUCAUUGAGGGUGUUAAUGAGUUCGAAACGCGUGACCAGCAGGGAAAACUAGUGGAAAAACCUCGACAUCCAUUCUACUACAAAAGGAUAGCGCGACACUAUUUGCUGGACGAAAUCAAAAAGGAAAACCGAAAAGCCACCCUAACAGCAGCCACUUACCAUAAAAAAACAAAGCUGCUCGUCACGGCAUACUCGACGGGCGCAUUUUAUUUGCAUGAAUUGCCGGACGUGAGUCUCAUCCAUUCACUGAGCAUCUCCGAAUAUGCCAUCGAUACCGCCUAUUUCAAUCCGACUGGCGAUUGGAUUGCGUUGGGCGCGGCUGGUCUUGGUCAACUGUUGGUCUGGGAGUGGCAAAGUGAACAGUACGUGAUGAAGCAGCAAGGUCAUGCCAGCGAAAUGAGUUGCAUUGCCUAUUCGUCUGACGGUCAGUACAUUGUGACCGGUGGUGAGGAUGCAAAGGUGAAAUUGUGGAAUGUGUCCAGCGGAUUCUGUUUCGUCACCUUUCACGAACACACCAGUGCAGUGACUGCCGUCGAAUUCAGCAACAGCAAAAGAUGUGUACUGAGUGCAUCAUUGGACGGCACGGUCCGAGCCUACGAUAUUUUACGUUAUCGCAAUUUCCGAACAUUCACCUCGCCCCGCCUAGUUCAAUUCUGUUCCGUUGCUGUUGAUUAUUCGGGAGAAUUUGUGGUAGCUGGUGCUCAAGAUGUGUUUGAAGUCUAUUUGUGGUCGAUGAAGUUCGGUCGACUGUUGGAGAUUUUGAGCGGACACGAGGGUCCCGUUACAUCGCUACAAUUCUCACCGACUUUGGCGUCGACAACACUAGUAUCCGGUUCAUGGGAUAAGUCGAUUAAAAUUUGGAAUUGCGUAGAAUCGUCGGCCGAUCAUGAAACGAUCGACAUAUCGGCGGAUGUUACGGCCAUCGCAUUCAAGCCAAAUGGAGAAGAGAUUGCUGUCGCCGCAAUAAACGGAAACAUUCAAAUGUUUAACGUAAAAACUUCACAGCAAGUUGGCAGCAUCGAAGGAAGAAAUGACUUGGGCAGUGGAGUGUCGAAGACGGAUCUUAUAACAGCUAAGAAAAACCUGCAAGGAAAAUACUUCUCGACAAUUGCAUACUCCGCUGAUGGUUCAUCGUUACUAGCCGCUGGUCGGUCGAAAAACGUUUGCAUUUACAAUGUCAAAGAUGGCAUUCUACUGAAGAAGUUCGAAGUGACGCAGAACCGGAGCCUUGACGCAUUGGACGACUUCAUAAACCGGCGAAAUAUCACGGAAUUCGGUAAUAUGGCGUUGGUGGAGAAGCGCGAAGCUUUAGAGGGUGGAAAUGUGAACAUUCGAUUGCCUGGCGUGCAGAAAGGUGACAUGGCUAGUCGAAAUUAUAAGCCUGAAAUCCGAGUAUUUUCGGUGAGAUUUUCGCCGACAGCACAAUCCUGGGCAGCUGCUACCACAGAAGGGUUGCUUAUCUAUGCGUUGGACAAAGGUGUCGUCUUUGAUCCAUUUAAUUUAUCGCUCGAAGUAACACCGAAAGCAACGAGAGACUGUCUGAAGAACGGUGAAUCUUCGACGGCCUUGAUUAUGGCGUUGAAGUUGAACGAGGCCAGUUUGGUGCAAGAAAUUAUUGAAAAGAUUCCGCACAAAGACGUGGAACUCAUCGUACGCUCGCUACCAGACGCAUAUGCCGAACGUACCCUCCAAUUCAUUGCAAAGUACCUAAACACCAGCCAUCACGUUGAAUUCUACUUGAAUUGGGCCUGUUCCAUCCUGACAUUCCAUGGACCGAAAGAGAACAUCUUGUCGCAUCAAUCGUUGUUGACGCUGCACCAGAGUCUCAGCCGUAAGUAUGAGUUGCUGAGCAAGGUGUGCGAUUUCAAUAAGUACACCAUGCAAGUCCUGAUGAAUAUGUCGAAUGAGGUUCCAGAACGUGUGGCCGAUGGUGGUGAAGAGAGUGACGAUGAGAAUUUGAUUUUAAUUCGAUCGAAUGGAAACGGUGGUGUGGGGGAUAGUGAUGAUGGUGAUGAAAUGGAGGAAGGAUCGUCAAGUAGUGACGAAGGCGAAGACUAAUGUUUUGGAUUUGAUUGUUGUUGUUAUAUUGUAAUGAAAUAAAACUGAUGAAUAAAUUCGAAA